AAACAGUACUCCUUUUGAUCCUGUCAUGGGAAUUCAUGUGAACUGGUGUUGAUGUGAUGGGGAAUUCCUUUUUAAUGCUAUUGAAACGUUACCAUGUGUUAAAAAGAAGGCUGACUGGGCCAUGCGCUGGAUUGGGGACAAGAAAGCAACGUAUGGAGAGCGUGUAGUAGCUUUUGCAGCAGUGGAAGGAAUCUUCUUUUCUGGCUCUUUUGCAUCAAUUUUUUGGCUGAAGAAGAGGGGAUUAAUGCCUGGACUCACUUUUUCUAACGAACUCAUCAGCAGAGAUGAGGGCUUGCACUGUGAUUUUGCCUGCCUCAUGUUCAAGCACUUGAUACACAAACCAUCAGAGGAGAGAGUAAAGGAAAUCAUCAUGAAUGCUGUUCUCAUAGAACAGGAAUUCUUGACAGAGGCACUGCCUGUAAAGCUGAUUGGCAUGAACUGCACUUUAAUGAAACAGUACAUAGAGUUUGUAGCAGACCGGCUUAUGUUGGAACUGGGAUUUAACAAGAUAUACAAAGCGGAGAAUCCUUUUGACUUCAUGGAAAACAUCUCUCUGGAAGGCAAGACCAACUUCUUUGAGAAGCGAGUAGGUGAAUAUCAGAGGAUGGGAGUCAUGUCGAAGCCCACAGACAACUCUUUCACCCUGGAUGCAGAAUUUUAAAUGAACUGAGACCAUAUGAGUUAGUGUGUAUGCUCCCCUGUUUACAGGGAAUCAUUAAAUAUAUCGAGUCACAGUGUGACUUGAUUCCUGUGCUAAAAUCCCACUCUUGAAAAGUGUGGUGAUAUUGGUACUUUUCAGGAGGCUAGUGUAGCUCAGCAGUAAAGUAAUUUUUUAUUAGACUGCAAAUGGUGUUAAUUCAUAGAAUGCUUAGAUGUAUAUCUUAAAACAUGUGCUACUCCAUUUUGUGAAAGACACCUUCUGCAAGAUGGGGAGGUUUUGGGCAGGGACCACUAUCCUCUCCUGUUCUCCCCAUAAACAAAGGAGCAGCUGAGAAAUUCUAUAGUCUUAAAUUUGCUGAAUACUCUGCAGAAAACUCUGGAGGCAACUACAUGACCCCACUGCUUUCUUAGCAGGUUUUAAGUUUACCUUUUAAACUAUUGUUAAUAAUUUGUACAUAAACCUGGCACUUUAAUGUUUGAAAUAAAGAACUGUCUCGUAAUACUCAAUGAUAAAACACAAGUCUUAAAUCUUUAUAGUUUUGCAACCUAACGUUUCAUGCCUUGUGCUUCCUUCUGGGUGUGUAACUCCAGAAUGGUGCUGUGAAUCAAACUAUAUUGCUUCUAAAAUCUAUUGAAUAACAGGAAGAAACUUGGUAUAGAAGGUGAAGAACUUGAAUAUUCUGGGUACUGAGAAAUGAACAUUCAGCUGACUUCUGGACUUAAUUGCUUUUUCUUUUA